AUGACAUUCCUUAGAGGAAAGAAGCAGAGAGUGCGCUUCGUAAGACGUGCGGUAGCUGGUCAUGAUAGACCCAAUAAUCAGCAGAUCGAGCAGCCUGAACUUUGCUCGCAAGGCAGAAGCGAUACUUUGGAUGAGAUUUUUGAAAGCUUAUUUCCCUUCGUGUUGCCAGGCAAGACAGCAAGCAUGAUUCCCGAUCUUUUCACGACACUCCCUCCUAUUCGAGAUUUAUUGCACACGGGAUCAUCCCAAGUCCAAGACGAGACGAUACAAGAAUGCCUCCCAUUUCUUUCAGGGCUGAAGUUGGACAUUGAGUGCAAUGAACAUGGCAUUCCACACCUUGACCGGAAAAAGCACAUUACUUUUCUUCACCAUAGUCUGAGGAACCUACCAGCGCCUUUUGUUGCGGCAGACGCAAGCAGACCAUGGUUUUUCUAUUGGGCGUUAUCUGGACUCGUUGCCAUGGGGGAGGAUGUCUCUCAAUACAGAGAAAGAUUGAUUUCUACACUUGCGCCUAUACAGAACUCUGGUGGCGGUUUCGGUGGAGGUAACGGCCAAAUGUCACACCUUGCUCCUACUUAUGCAGUUAUUUUAUCUCUCAUCAUAGUCGGGGGGGCGGAGGCUCUCGACAUCAUUGAUCGAAAGGCGAUGUGGAAGUGGCUUGGCGCUUUGAAGCAACCUGAUGGUGGAUUCCAAAUGUGUGUCGGCGGUGAAGAGGAUAUUCGGGGUGCAUACAUUGCUGCUGUCAUUAUCACGCUCCUCAAUCUGCCCUUACAGCUUUCGAAAGAAUCUCUUUUUUGGUCACGUGAAGCUACACUACUAACAAACCUGCCGGAAUGGAUCUCUAGGUGUCAAACAUAUGAGGGUGGGGUGUCGUCUCGACCAGAUGCGGAAGCUCAUGGUGCUUACGCCUUUUGCGCCUUGGCCUGCCUUUCCAUUCUUGACGAUCCUCAUAUCAUAAUUCCUGAGUAUCUUGAUGUGCCAUGUUUAAUCUCAUGGCUAUCGGCACGACAAUAUGCACCAGAAGGUGGUUUUUCUGGUCGCACAAACAAGUUAGUUGAUGGUUGCUACAGCCACUGGGUGGGCGGUUGCUGGCCUCUGAUAGAAGCCUGUCUCGACGGACCCUCCAUUUCAUCUGGGGACCAUCUAUCAGCUCCACUCACAUCGGUUGGACAUCUUUACAGCCGCGAGGGGUUGAUCCGAUACAUACUUUGCUGUUGUCAAGAGCAGUCCAAGCGUGGCGGGCUGCGAGAUAAGCCAAGUCAUAAUUCCGAUUCAUACCAUACUUGCUAUGUUCUUGCAGGCUUAAGCUCAGCACAGCAUAAGUGGCACUUCAAUACUUCUGCAACGAAAACCGAGAGCAGUGGAAUGCUCACCGCUGCAUAUCAAUGGACCUCCGACCCCAUCCUUGAAUACUCACAGAUUUUUGACGAAGAAGAUCGUGUCAAUACCUGGCAUCCUAUCUUUGCGAUACCCGAAGGUGCUUCUGAACGAGCCAGGUCACAUUUUGAAUCAAAGGGUGGCUUUUAA